CCCCCCGUUCCUUGGUAACAAUGGAGCAGAAAAUGGCGGCCUGAGCGGGCAGGAGGCGGCGCGGCGGCGGAGCGGCACGGAAGGAGCGCGGACAGCCGGCACCCAGCCCCGAGCGGUGCGGGCAGCGGUGCACCCACAGCCGGGGGGGCGGCGGCGGGCGGCGGCGGCGGGCGGUACUCUUCUACUCAUCAAGAUGGAAAGCUCAGAUUCUAGUGAUAAAGGAAGUAUUGAUCAAUCAGAAGCCCAACGUCAGAGCCAGCUGGAUCGGUUAGAUCGAGAGGAAGCUUUCUAUCAGUUUGUGAACAACCUGAGUGAAGAGGACUACAGGCUUAUGAGAGAUAACAAUUUGCUAGGAACACCAGGUGCAGAGUCCGCAGAAGAUGUUUCAAAUGGAGAUUCUAUAAUAGACUGGCUUAAUUCAGUCCGACAGACUGGAAAUACAACACGAAGUGGGCAGCGAGGAAACCAGUCCUGGAGAGCAGUGAGCCGGACUAACCCAAAUAGUGGCGACUUCAGAUUCAGUUUGGAAAUAAAUGUCAACCGUAAUAAUGGGAACACGAAUCCAGAAACUGAGAAUGAGCCAUCUGUAGAGCCUUCCAAUGGGGAGGAUUUGGAAAACAGCCAAAGUGACUCUGAAAUUCCAAGGUCUGAAUCACCGUCUGUAAGGCAGCCUGGAUCAGAAAGGAGCAGCGCGGAGGAGCUGACAGCUGAGGAGGCUUCCCCUCCUAGAGGGCAGAGGAGAGCCAGGAGUAGGAGUCCAGAACAGCGGCGGACGCGGGCUAGGACUGAUAGAAGUAGGUCACCUAUUAAUGCAGUGAGUGAGGCCCCUCGCAGGUCUCACCAUAACACAUCAUCUCAAACGCUCGAGCACUCCUCAGCGAGCGAGGCUGAGGGCAGCUCUAGAACCAGGCAGCACGUGACCUUAAGGCAGCACACAGUGGGGACUGAGGUGCCAAGUGAAAACGCAGUUCUGUUUUCCCCCCCUGAAACGAGGCCUGCUCCUCAAGCAGCGGGUUCUUCAGAAACCACCGGCACCAGCGAGUCCACGGCUCCUGGGCAGAGGCCUCCCACCAUAGUGCUUGACCUGCAGGUGAGAAGAGUUCGCCCGGGCGAGUACCGGCAGAGGGACAGCAUAGCCAACAGGACCCGCUCCCGCUCCCAGACCCCCAACAACACGGUCACCUACGAGAGCGAGCGCGGAGGAUUCCGGCGCACGUUCUCCCGCUCGGAGCGAGCCGGGGUGAGAACUUACGUCAGCACCAUUAGGAUUCCCAUCCGUAGGAUCUUAAACACAGGCCUGAGCGAGACCACGUCCGUGGCCAUCCAGACCAUGCUGAGGCAGAUCAUGACAGGCUUCGGGGAGCUCAGCUACUUCAUGUACAGUGAUAGCGAUGCAGAUCCCGGUGCGCCGGCUCCCAGUCAGAACGUGGAGACUUCUGAGGCGCAGAGCGGAGGCGGGGGCACCUCGGGCAGCGAGAAUGCAGAUGUCAGCUCAGGGGAGGUGUACGAGGGUGGGCACGAGGCUAGCUCGACAUCUGGUGCCAGGAGGGAAGGCCGCAACAUGAGGGGGUCGGUCACUUUUGAAGAAAGCGGUUCUCUACCAUUCCUUAGCCUUGCACAAUUUUUCCUACUCAACGAAGAUGACGAUGACCAACCGAGAGGACUCACCAAAGAACAAAUUGACAACCUAGCCAUGAGGAAUUUUGGUGAGAGCGACGCUCUGAAAACCUGCAGCGUGUGCAUCACAGAGUACACGGAGGGCAACAAGCUCCGCAAGCUGCCGUGCUCGCACGAGUACCACGUGCACUGCAUCGACCGCUGGCUGUCGGAGAACUCCACCUGCCCCAUCUGCCGCAGAGCAGUCUUAGCUUCUGGGAACAGGGAGAGCGUUGUCUAAAGGAGAGCUGAGUCAAUGGCCAGGCAGCUGGUGUGAUAGUGAUGGGCAAAGAAGUCACUUCCUUUAUGGCCACUUUUUGAGUGGUACCUCAAUGUAUAGUAAUGACUCGGAGUGAAUCUUCCCUCAUUGAAGCAUUUUCUCUGGAUUCAAGCAUUGGGAAUUGGAAAAAUUUCUUUAAUUAGGUUUUUCGAGUUCUAGUCGGUUUGGGUGUUCAAUUUCACUUGUCCAAAGACAUCUCCCCAAUUCAAAAUAUUUUUUUCUUUGUGAAGAGUAUUAAGUUCUUUCUCCUGUCCAGCCCUUGCCAUCCCAGUCCAAUAAACAGUUUGUCCUCAAGAUUGUGCUUCUGAGGAGUUCUUUGAGAAGUUAUCCCAGCUCAGUGUCCAUGAGUCAUAGAGGAAUUUUUGCAAGAAAUCCAACUCUCUGAAAAAAUAAUAUUAAUUUAAUUGCACAUGUGAACAUACUUUUAAUUUUCCUCCUGGGUUAAUAUUGGACAUGUCUGUGUAAAUAACGCUAAUGUUAGCCCUUUCCCCAUCACUAUGGCACGCUGUAGGAUGAGCUGUUAGCGUAAUUGGGAUAUUUAUCUUGUUGUGGAAAUAUAAGAAUUGCCUAUGCUUGUUUAAAUAAAGGAAAAAAAAAAACCCAACAAAUCUGUUUUAAAAUUGUAAAGCUUUUUUGUAGAAGCUCAGUACUUUUCCAACGCACUGUUGUACUCUAACGCAUUAAGAAUUAAAAUUGUACCAUGCUUAGAAAUCAAGAAUGCUUUUCAUACAGACCCCACCACACAGAGAGCAAAGUGAACACGAGAGAGCUGCUUUUGUGACUGUGUACCUGUCAAGAGCAGUGCAUAUCUGUACUAUUUAUGUGAACAGCUACUGUAACAUAAAAACAGUUGGAUUAGACAUUUAAUUGCAUUUUAAAAAACGGAAAUGAAAUGUUAUAAUUGCGGUGUUUUUGGCUCAGUAAUGCCACCAAAAAAAAAAAAAAAGAUAAAAAUUAGAAACUGUUCUAAUGGCUGGUUAUUUCUUGGUAUGGUUGCAAAUAUGGAAUAAUACAAACCCAUGUGUACUGGCUUGUUCACUGAGGUUUGUGCCCAAUUUUUCUAUCAGCUUUUGCUCUCAAUUUUUGAGGCAAUGUAACUUCAGCAAACAGUUAUGGACAGGUUGGUUUUUUAGUUCUUCAUGAGCUUCAACUGUAUUGGUAACCCCUGGAUGUGCUGAGUGAUCUGGUGUUGGGAGCCUGUGAUACAAGUGCCACAGGGAAUAACUGGAAAGCACAUCCUUGGUAUUGGGUUACAUUUAAAAAUGAGUGCACUUAAAUGUGUAGCAGAUUCUCGAGAAUAACAGUAAAAACCCAACAAGCUCUUUUUAUUCCUAUUGGACAGAAUGAAAAUUAAUUUUUUUUUUUAAAUUAGGUAUGUGAUGUGUUGCAGUUGAGAAUUGCAGAAUGUACCUAAACUCUCAUCAGUGUGUGUAUGUGGGGAAACACCCUUCACUCUCAGUGACCCCUUCUUCUUUUUAUUCUCUAAGGUUUUGGGUUUUUCCUGGCUUACAUGUGCAAUGGGAAAGUGGUUUUUAUUUAUUUCCACUCCAGGGCAGUAGUUCUGAAGGGAUAUGAGCUGCUCUUGGUGGCUGGAUGGGAAAUGUUGCUUGUUCCUCAGAUGACAAAACCAAAGCUGGCCUAUCUCUUUUUUCCUAAUUAAAACACAUUUUUGGUGUUUUAUAGUGGUGGGUGCAUAAACUCUAAUUGCUGCUCUAAACCAUUUCAACAUCUCAGCUAGUUCAGUAUUCCACAUCAUCCCAAAAUUCCUUUUUUUUUUCCCCUCCAUGUGCAUUUUGUGCUGUUUCAGUGGGAAACCCUGACUGGUUGUUGAGCUCACUUUCCUCCUGGUGGGACACACCACCACGGCAGAGAGAACACGAGGGUUCUUUGGGAACAGAACAAGCAAUCAGCUCACAGGUUUGGUUUUUCCUUGGGCACCCAUCACUGGAAAAUUAAAAGUUGGCUGUUGAUUCUGGGUGCUGGGUUCUCCGUGCCAAAAUUUCACAGCAAAACAACACUUCUGAAUUUCACAGAGCAAAUACUCGCCUCAGUCACGGUUUCCAGACUUACAGAGCAUAGAAUUAGAAGGAAAAAAUAAAAAAUCCCUCUUUACAUGAGUACUGUGUUAGAUGUUGAAGGUCAGAGAUGCUCAAAUCAGAGCUGGUGGCCACCAGGAAGGGAGCCCAGUUAUCCCAAACCCACACAAAGCAUGGCUGUGGUACCUCUCACCCCACCUUUUCCAUGGAAUUUCCACCUUGGUAGAACUGCCCUUACAGUUUUCUUAGCUAAUAGCAUGUCUUAACAUUUUAUCUUUCUGUAACAAGAACAAUUAAUAAAAUCUUGGAGGUUUCCCAAUCAGUACCAAGAGCAAAUAAUUUAAUCUCCGUUUGGGAGAUGUUGAAUUUUCUCUGUCGUUUCUCUGCCUUUUGCAGUGCUGAGUGUGCUAAAGGGGCUGGGGGCUCAUUGUCUGCAGCAAAAACUUCUUUAUGUAGCUCAGUUAAUUAGGGUAAUUAAAUUUCUAUUUAUCUAAAUUUAGAUAGGAGUUAGGAAAAGCCAAUAUUAACAUUUCAGUUGCUUGCAAAACUGAAGUGAAACACUUUCAUAAUUAGACUAAUUUACAUUUCAUGAAUUAUUUUGAUAGGGAACAUGUGUAUUUAGCUUUUCCUUCCUUUUUUUUUUGUAUUUCUGGAGGAAGACACAGCAUCUUCAGUCGUGCUGGAGGGGUAUGAAGGGUUAAAAGGGCGAGUUUUGUCUCGUUGCUGAUUUGUAGGAAGGAUGGUUUUGGAGCCUGGGUCACAGUGCCACCGUGUGGGAUCUGCCUUCAGCACCAGCGGGAUUCCUCAGCAUCAGCAGCUUCUAUUUUGGUUUGGAAGGAUCCUCUUUGUCAUUACCCCACUCACUGGUUCCCACGGGGUUUUCUUCCCAAAUGUCCAAACUCCUGCUGGGAAUUCCUGAUGUGUGAGCUUCAUUCCUUUCUGGCAGGACAGACCCUGCCCACAGCAAUGAGCACCGGGCCAAAGCCUUGUGACAAACACAGUUUUAAUAAUUACAUCAGUUAUGGGUUGCUGUAAGUUCAUGUUUUAAUUCACAUUGUGAACCAACACAGACGUGUGGGUGCUCACAUUAAAUUUUUUUUGUGUUAUUUUUUAUUUUAUUUGGGGCUUUAUCUGAAAAACCUGAAUUCCUGGUGCUGGUUCAAUUUUCCUUUCACGUGCAUAUUUUUUAUUUCUUCUAACAAGUCGAAUUUUUUGCAGAGAACUUGAAGGCAGUCGAGUUGUUUUAAAAGCCAUUUGAUUAUUUAGGUACUUCAUGCAUAGAAAUCAGGGAAUUUUAAAGGCCUUUUGUAGGAAGCACAGCAGCUGCAGGACAGACACCCAGGGGUCUGAAGGAGCUCUAAUUGUCCAUUGUGUGCGCUUGCAGACCAAGGAUUUCCCACCAGAGCUGGCACAAUGGCACAUAAUGAGUGGCAUCCCAGUUUCCUCUCACUUGUCUGGGUUAUGCAAAUGUGGGACUCCAAAGGCCCCUUUCCCAGUGGGAUAACCACAAUCCAGCGGUUUCCUCCUAAAAAUGGACAAUGUGAGGGUCACAAGAGGUGCAGGUAAGGAUGAGGGGGGUUCUAAACAAAUCUCCUUCGCUCCAUCUCACCCUUAAUUUGGGGUUUUUGUGUCCACAAAGGCGAUGUCCUGGUUUGGGAAAGGCUCUGGGUGAGCAGGCGAGGAGGAGCCCGGCGCUGUCGGAAAUGUCUGCCUGCUCCUCUGCCUUUUCCCAGAAGGAGGAGCUUUGGAUGAAGGUUGGCUUGGAGCCACAUGGAGGGAAUUUAUAACAACUUCAGAAAUAUUUCCUGCCCUUAUGUACAGUAGGCUUUUUGUUUACCCUCAACUGGAGGGGGGGAAGCAGGAGGCUGAAGAGACACAAUUAAUGGUAACGUACCCAAAGUACAAAGAAGUGGUGGUGUGGUAAAAAAAAGAGGUUUGCAUCUGUUGCACCAGGGCUUCCCAGCCUCUCAGACAGACUGUGUCUCCUUUUUCUUAUGGGGAAACAUACCAUCAAAUUUAUUUGAUUUCUAUCUGGUUUUAUUCCCUUUAGCUACAAUAUUUGAGACCCUUUCUGAAUUUCACUCUGCUGGGAAGGCUGUUGGUUGGGAAGCCCUGAAUUCCACUGUGACACUUUAUUUUUUCCCUUUUUCUUUGGUACAGUGCUUUACAUUUGUUGUUUUUUUGUUUGUUUGUUUGUUUAAUACAAACUGGUAUCAGAGGUUUUUGGACACAGUUUGACCAGGUUUACCAGCUAACACUUAGGAGGAGUUUGUUCCCUAUGUAAGAUGUUAUAAUGCAGAUUUAAAUAGACUCAAUAAAAUGCAUGAAGCGUU